CCUUUCUUUCUCUGCCGCCGCCAGGAUGUGGUUGCGUAAGGAGGGGCAAGGGGCUUCCACGAUGCGGACAUUCUUGUCGACUUGGGGGAGCGUAGGCGUCCGGCCGGGUCGGUGUGCUCGUGGCGGGAGUGCGGGGCGACGCACAAAACUCUCCUUUUGAUGGUCAGCACAUGAGAUGAUGAGAAAAGAACAGUGCUCCUUCGUCUUGCAAACGAGUAUUAUUCGUCAUUGGGUACAUAAACUGUUCGUAGUUGGUAAAAGUAAAAAUAAAACUUUUCGUAAAAUUGUGAUUUAAUGGGGUCAAUUUAUAAGGAUGUUUGAAAAAUUGUUUCAGAAGUUCGGCUACAAGAACAGGAGCCCCCGCCGGAUCUGAGCCCGGAUUGGACCCGACAUGACCCCGACCGUAACAGUGGGUAAUCUGGGCUCAUCAUGUGAUCUGGGCUCAGAUCCAACGAGGCUCGUGUCCUGCUUGCAGCCGAAAGUUCUUUGUCCGGGAUCGUUUUUCAAUUAAAACUGUUACUUUAAAGUUACAAAGAGUUUAUGUAGAAAAAUUAACACGACAUUCUUCGUCAAACGACGAUAUAAUUCCUGUCAGUCAAAGUCAUGCUCCCCUGAUUAUUAUUUUUCCAGAUGGUGACCAUGAUGAUAACCGUUGUUGCGGCGUUCACGAUAUGUUGGCUGCCUUUCAACAUGCUCGUGACCGUUUGGACGUACAACGACUCUCUGAGUGACCAGCAGUGGCUCCCCGAGAUGUACUUCGCCUUCCACUGGCUCGCCAUGAGCCACUCGUGCCUCAACCCGCUCAUCUACUGCUGGAUGAACGCCCGCUUCCGCCAGAGCUUCCGGUCUGUGCUGCACUGCGGCUCCUUCAACCGGAAGCGGCGGCCUGUCGCGCUGCAGCACGUCCACGGCACGGGUACCGGCACGGGCGGCCUGACGUGCACCUCCUUCCGCUCCAACAGAAAGACCGUUUACCUGGAGGACGCGCUGUGACAGACGGCUGACUGCUAGUCAUCAUCUCCUCGCGUAGAGCGUACUAACGUCACCCAAUAACUUCUCUGGGCCGCGGUGGAUGCCGUUAGUACGCAGUGGAAGCGUAAAAAACGUACAAUAACGUCGGCUCCUUCUGAAGUGUGUUUCUUACAUACGAACGUACGACUCAUAUCUUUAUUUUCUAUUUUUUGGUUGUGGAACUAAGGAUCUCGAUUAUGCUAGUCAAAAAAUAUAAGUUUACGGGCGCUGUUGUUUACUUAUAUGCAUAACAAAGUCUGAAAACUGUAAAAGUAUAAGUUUUCCCCGUCGGAAAAAGAAAGAUUUAUACGAUUUUUUUCUUUUCGAUGUUUGGCCUAUCAUUUAGUGUAUAUUUAUUGUUGAAAUACGUUUUACAUUGUGAUAUUAUUUAUUAGUAUUUGACGAUAUAAGUGUAAAAGAAAAUGUACGAAUUUACAAAAACGUUUUGUAAAUCUUCUAGAUAUAAUACGUAAUUUAUUAUUGUACGAGAACUCCUGGAGAUGUUAAAUUUUGGGUCGUAAAAAUACGAGUAUGGCAGUGAGUUCAAUCUGACCCAUGUUGAUCUAAGAUCAUAGAUGUCACCAUAUUUAAAUAAUACGGCAAUUAGUCGAAAAUUCCGAGAUUUCUCCUGGUCAAUGUGCGUCUAUGACUUCAAUGAAUGGUCUUGUUGUGCAUCCAGUGAGUUUAUCGCCUCAAACUUAAAAUUUUAGUUUGGGGGUCUUUUUAUACUGAAACUCACGACACUGUCAAUGUGACAAACAAUAAAAGAAACGAAAA